UAAGAUUUUCGCACGGCCACAAAACAAACUUGUGGCUCAGAAUUCAUUUGCUCCGCUGACGUGGCUCCCUUGCCCAACUUUCUCUCUCCUACCAUCUUCCAUAUACACCGCAAAUUCAAGGAGGCAGAAAAAGAGGGUAAACCAAAAUAACUGAAAAGACCUCAAAAUUUCCGAACAAUCUAACAGAUAGAAGAGGAAAGACGUCUCUCGAGAUCUUUAAAUUGCAGAGACAGAAACUGCAGAUCAUAAAGAAUGUCAGAAGUUAUAAAAGAUUCAGCAAUCAAACUAUUUGGUAAAACCAUAUCGCCAGACACCCUCUUUCCCGAUGCAUCACUUUCUCAUCUCACACAAUCUUCCUUCACAUCAUCCACUUCUCCAGAUAGCAGCAAGGAUGAAUCGGUAGUCGAGGACAACGAGUCAAGCGAAGAAAAGUCAGGCGACGAUGAAAAGAAGGAGGCGGCGGCGGCAGUGGCGAAGAAGCCGGAGAAGAUAAUCCCGUGCCCACGGUGCAGCAGCAUGGACACCAAAUUCUGCUACUUCAACAACUACAACGUGAACCAGCCACGUCACUUCUGCAAGAAGUGCCAGAGAUACUGGACCAGCGGCGGCACCAUGCGAAACGUCGCCGUCGGAUCCGGCCGCCGCAAAACCAAGAACUCCAUCAAUCCCAACUACCACGGCAUAGUGGUUUCCGAAGCCGAUGCUUUGCUCUUCGCCCCUCAUCACGGCUUCCCCCUCAGCUUCUAUCCCGCCGCAUUCUACUGCAGCUCAGGCCUCGGGAAGCACUCGCGCGAUGGGGUUUUGGUGCCGAAGAUGCUGAGGAUUCAUGACCCGAGCGAGGCGGCCAAGAGCUCCAUAUGGACGACUCUGGGGAUCAACAAGGACGGCGGGGGCAUGUUUGUUGGGAGGAGAGGCGUUGGUGAUGAUACUACCGCCGCGGCGGCGAAACUGCUGCGGGCGAAUCCCGCGGCUUUGUCGCGCUCCCUUAAUUUCCAUGAAAGGGCCUGAACCUAAAGCUUGGUUUUUGGUCUUGUUAUAUAUAUAGUUUCUGGAACAUUCUAACACUAGAUGAUAGUAUUGUCUAAUUUCGGGGAUUUGAUGAGUUUAUAUAUAUGGGGUAGAAUUUGCAUAAUAUAUUAAGGUGUUUUAUUCUG